GCAGUUGAUGUUUCAUGGCGAAGCAUCAAAAUUCCGGAGGCCGCCAUGGCCACGCCCUCAGACUUUUGCGGAGCAUUUUGAUAACUUUUGAUCACCCAUGCCUGGAGUACGUCCUGGCCGAAUUUCAGCUCUCUCGGUGUUACCCUGUUUGAGUUUAUAGCUUUUGAAAAUGUACAAAAAUGAGCCAAAAUGGUCAAAACAUAUGACAUAUAAUUCAAAAUGGCCGACUUCCUGUUUGGUUUUGGCCAUGGGUGUCAAUUACAUUUUUGUGCGUCUUAACAAGUUACAUACGCCUACCAAAUUACAGAACUGUAGGUCACACACACAGCCCGUAGUAAAUGUUUGAAAUUUUCCAGGUGGCGCUAUCGAGCCAUUUUGCAACAGACAUGGACAAUUUGUCUAAAAUAUCAAAUAUUUCAGCAGUCCUGAUGUUUGUGGCAAUUUUGGUGAGCAUAUGAGCGUUCCUAACCUGUCAAAAAGUAUUUUGUUUAUUACAGCAACGAUGCGUUGCCACGGCAACAGAAUUUUAUGAAUUGUCAAAAUCUUCAUACUGUGGCAUCAUCAAGGGGAAAACACUGAGCUGACCAAUUUUCAGAAUGAUAUGACAAAGUUUCUGGCAGUGGCACAUGAAAAUGUAAUGACAAUUUCUUCCUAUUGCCAAUAGGUGGCGCUAUGAGAAUUUCUAAAUUUAUGAAUGUGGAUAUGUUCAGACCCAGACUGGUGUCCAUCAUGUCAAGUUUGGUCCAGAUCAGACCCUUUCCAGCUGAGAUAUAAAUAAUUCAAUUUUCAUGGCGAGAAAUCGAAAUUCGCCGCGCCGCCACAGACACGCCCUUUGAUGACGAGUCACCAUUUUCUCCGUGACUCAUCAUCAACAUGUUUGGGCUUAUGUCACCAAAUUUGAAGUGACUAUGAUCAAUGUGCUAAGAAUGGCACAUCAAAGUGUAAAAAAAUGUCUAUUUCCUGCUACCACAAGGUGGCGCUAUGACUGUGAAUGUAUACAAUCACAUGGAUGUUGUCAGGGCCGCACUCUGAUCAUACAUGUAAAAUUUCAGCCACAUUGGAGCAUGUACAGCAGAGUUAGACACCACUUCCUGUUUCAUGGCGAAGGAUCCAUUUUUUUGGGAGUUGCCAUGGCCACGCCCUUUGACUUUUGCGGAGCAUUUUGAUAACUUUUCAUCAUGUAGUACUGUUGCAUAUAUUUGCCAAAUUUGACGUCUCCCGGACUUACCCCCGAUGAGUUAUUAAUCUCAAAAUCUAUCACUGUUAAUUCAAGAUGGCCGACUUCCUGUUGGGUUUAGGGCAUAGCCGUGAUUGACUUUUUUGGGUUUCUUGAUGUGCUGAAUAUGCAUACAAAAUUUUGUAGCUGUAGAUGAAACGUCGUGCAAGUUGGCCUAAUGACCAAAUUUUCAAUUUUCCAGGGGGCGCUAUGGAGCCAUUUUCCCACACACGUGCAACUCCCAUAAAAUAUCAAAUUUUUCGCCAGUCCUGAUGAGCAUGCCAAGUUUGACGCGUUUUGGGGUAUGAUAAGGCCGCCAAAAGUGCAAUUCAAAAGUUCGCCAAAGAAAGAAUAAUAAAAUAAUUCCUCGCAUUCCAAUAGGGUCUUCGCACCAUUCGGUGCUCGGACCCUAAUAAUUCCUUGCAUUCCAAUAGGGUCUUCGCACCGUCGGUGCUCGGACCCUAAUAAACCCUAGCAUUCCAAUAGGGUCUUCGCACCAUUCGGUGCUCGGACCCUAAAUAAUUCCUUGCAUUCCAAUAGGGUCCUCCGCACCGUCGGUGCUCGGACCCUAAUAAUAAAUAAUUCCUUGCAUUCCAAUAGGGUCCUCCGCACCGUCGGUGCUCGGACCCUAAUAAUUCCUUGCAUUCCAAUAGGGUCUUCGCACCAUUCGGUGCUCGGACCCUAAUAAAUAAUUCCUUGCAUUCCAAUAGGGUCUUCGCACCGUCGGUGCUCGGACCCUAAUAAUGUUAUUAAUUAUAACAACAAUAAUAACAAUAACUUGUAAUAAUAACUUGUAGAAACUUCGUCCACAGACUAAUGAUAAUCUGAUUAUCUAACGAGAACAACUCGCAAUUAAAAAAAAAUAUAUAUGUAUGUGUACAUAUAUGUAUGUAUAUAUGUAUAUGUAUGUAUGUAUAUAUAUAUGUUCGUAUGUAUAUCUACUGUAUCUAUCUAUCAUCUAUCUGUCUGUCUGUCUGUCUGUCUGUCCAUAUAUUUAUUUGAUUGAUUGAUAGAUCUUUUUUAGGAUGUUUUUUAUAGACAUUUUCCUAAUAUAGAGGCCUUACACUGUUGUAUUGCUACCUUUACUUAUGAGAACAAUAUGAUAACUUGUAACAGUGCCAGAUACACAUUUCAUGACAAAGGCACACUAUUUAUAUGUGCAUGUUAAGUCCCUUGAAAUCCUGAGGAAGUCCUGACCAUUUUUUAUAAUAAACUGUAACGUUUACAACAAGAUAAGCCCUCAGAGAGUGAAGUACUCCACCAAGGCUGCUCAGUUGUAUCAUUUCCGAUGGCUGAAAUCUUGAAAAAAGUUGUGGCAGAAAUCACGGCACCAUAGAAUGUGGCCAUUUAAUAUAGAUGUACCCACAAACAAAAUGACAUUGCGCUGAGCACAGGCGUGUGUUAUGCAUGUGUACGUUAUGUACGGAUACCAACACCCCCACAAUUUAAUCAGUUGUUCCUUGUAUCAUUUCCGACAGAUAAGUCCUGAUAAGCGGUGGAUUUGUAGUAGGAUCGCAAUCAUGUGAUCAUCGGCAGGCAGCUGACGUAGUGUUCACUUGUUGUCAUAGUUACAGUGAUGCUGUGCCGCUAUCUCGCAAUGAUACAGAAAUCUUUAACAAAUUAGUGGAUCUAGAGUAUAAGCUGCAUCACUGCCAAAAUCUAAUCACUUGGUCCUUGUGUCAUUUCUGACCUUCCCUGAAAAUUUCCUCCAAAUCCAUUAGUCCAUUUUUGUGUAAUGUUGCUAACAGACAAACAGACGGACAAACCAACGGCGAUCGUCACAUAAUUCCUCCGAGGCUCCGCCUCCUUGGCAGAGUAAGUACCUUGGAAAAUGGAGCAACAUUUACAUGUGAACAGGAGAUUUAAGAUUAAAUUCCUCUAAACUUCUUCUUCUAGAUCUUUCGCAGCUUUCACUUACUUCCUAUUUAUUAAAUUACAAAGUAUAUGAAGCCACUGCGCAACUGAGGAACCUACAUCCAUUAGCUGUACCCCAUUAGAUAUACAGAUCACCAGUUCAUCACAGGGCAAACACAAAGAAACAAGCCUCACUCACAACUAUAUGAGCUCAGGUGAACGGUGCAAACUCCACACAGGUAGACCAACCCUGAACCAUCCUGCUGUGGGGCAACAAUGCAAACCUGCCCCAAAACCCUUCAUUAUUGUAUGAACUGACAAUAACUUACUCAUUGUUAUGUUCUGCUUCUAUUAUUGUGUGCAUAUGCCAUGGAGAAGAACUUCCAAGAACUUGUUUCCCUUUUUAUCUUGCAAGUCAGAGAAGAUAUUAUCAAAUUGUUCUGUUGAAAGCAAACUGACAGCAAGAUGAUAGAGUUCAGUGAAGCAAUAAGAGGCCUUUGGAUGAUACUCUGGGCUUUUUCUACUAAAAAAGAACUGUAAUAUUGCUUCAUAAAUAAAUGUGCAGUAACAUUGCUCAGCAGACAGAGCAGGGCAUUAAAGGGCAGCUGUAUUUCAAGCAUCCUCAUGUCCACAAUUUGAAGCAUCUUUAGACAGAAAUAAAACCCCAAAAGAUCAGAACAAACCUUUAACUUUAACCCUCCUGUUGUCCUCAUUUACAGGCAUGAAAUUCCAAUAAUUCCUUAAAAGUUUCCCUUAAAAGUUUUAUUUAAAAAAAAUCCCCCAAAUUUGGCAAGAAAAUUCUUGUAAAUAUUUUCAAAAAAUGAGUAAAAAUCUUCCAAAAAAAAUCCUAAAAUGAUUCUAUAUUUAUCAGUAAAACUUCUAUUUUCUGUAAGAACAUUCACAUAAAAAUCAACCAAAAUCCAGCGAAAUUCGCUGGACUUCGGUUGUUUUUUUGUGAAUGUUCUUAAUUAACAUUUUUAACAUUUCUUUUUUACACCAAAAAAUGUUCACAGAUUUCCCAGAAAUGUUGAAAAUGUGGACAUCAGAAGUUUCAUUGUGAAAAUAUUUUUUUUUUCCUCCAUAUUUUCAAACUUUAAACUGGGUCAAUUUUGAGCCGCAGGACGACAUGAGGGUUUAAUGGUAACUUGCUGCCAUCAGUGUCUCAGAAUAGUGCAGUCGAUUUAUCUUAUGAAGAAAUCAUGCAGUUUACUCCUCUAAGUUAACUAUUUGUGACUAAUGGGAGCAAAACAACAGCUGUUGUCAGAGAGCUUCGCUCUGCUUACAAAAUGUACUUCGACAGUUAAAUCAGAUCUGGUAGAUUAGUAAUUUAAGUAAAUAUAAUGUCUCAAAAUGGCAUCAUGUCAUGGAUGGUGUGCUACAGCUGUUUUGCACCAAUUGCUAGAAGAAGAUAUAUACAAAAACAUUAGAGUCAUUUUUGACUGAAAAUCAUGCCAGGAGAGACUCUGAAGUUCAACCAAGCACCAAAAAUGCAAUAAAUUACACAAAUAUGCAUGUGUGUGAAGGUUUGCCAGGAUAAAUGGUAAACUGGAGCCCAAACUCACCUUAAAAGACAGGAUUUACUGCAAAGGAAAAUUCUGGCAAAACAAAAAGAAAUGAAUAAUCUUCUCACACCUAACUUUUGAAACCCUGUUUGCUAAAUGUGAAUAUUUAUAGGCUACUUCAUAUUUUACCUUAAGAGCAAAGUCUGUAAUUUGACGGAUGGCUGAAGAAAAAUAACAUUGCCAGUAAUGCAGAAUCAUCUUUUGGCAGGAUUAGAAUCGCGGUUACCAAAACCAGACAGGCGUCCUGCCAGCAAGCUGUUUUUGGAAGAAGUCACCUUCCUCACCUGUGAAAACAUUUUAGAACAAAUCUAUCUGUUCAGAAGCACAAGCAAAAAGUGAGAACAGGACACAGUAGCUCCAUAUUCAAAUGUAUUCACACCUCAGAGCUCAUUCACCUGCUGAUGAUCCUCACAUGCUUUUGGAAUAAACACAACACAACACGGCAUGUGUUUCUCUUUAGGGGUGUUAAUGGGGACCAACAGCCUAAAUGUAAUUUGCACCAUAUUAACACUCUCAUGCAAAACUCUCUGCAGACAUUGUUGAAAGCUAUGAAGUACAAUUCACAGUUAUCCACAAAUGAUGCACAUUUUCAAGACGCCCAGAGAUGAAGAUGUUGCUGCUUUACUGAACUGAAUGAAGUUCACUUAAUGAGAAAAAAAAGGGCUUCCAGAGGAGCCCUCAGGUGAGUCUCCAUGUCUUCAUAUUAGGUCAGCUUCAUUGUUAUUUUUAGUUUCCAAGCCCAUACUUCAAGGGCCUCUUAGAAAAUAUAAGGCCUGAUUUCUAAAACUGAACAUGACAUGCUCAUAUACCACAAAUGUAAAUAAUGCUUUUCUACUGUAAUUGACAUGACAUUGACUCAAUUACUUCAAUUCAUUAGAUAAACAUUUGAUAAUUAUAAGCAGAUCAAAUGAAACUGUCUCGUUUACGGGUCUUAAAUGUGAUAGUAAAUAAUUCCCCCUAUAUUUGGAUCAAUAUAUAAUUUUGGGACUUUUUGUAACAUAGUUGACAGGUAUCAUAGUUGACAUUAUUGCUGUUUUUAGGCCAAAAAUCAACAUGGCCGCCUAUAACCAAACACCACAUGCCUUUUUACAGAAAGAUUCUUCUAAAUAUUUUAUAUACAACUGAGUAAAAUUGAAACUGAAAGUUAUUUAUCAAGAUAUUUUAGUAACACUAUCCACACUUGACUCACACACUACUUUAUAUUAAAUAAGUCAGAAAGCCUUGGAGUCUGGCCAGUCUUUUCUUCAGGAGGAAAUGACAUCAUGUGGAGCAGGUCAUGUGAUCUGGAAUUAACACACUUCCUUGAGAGGUGUUUUUGUAAUUGGUAACUUAGUAGAAAGUGAUUUCUCGGACACAGACACAAUUUGUUAUUUUGUGUCAUAAAAUACCACAAAUGACCACAGAAAAACACAAAAUGACUCAAUGAGACACAUAAUUAUCAUAUAAAGAUACAAAAUGACAAAAGACACAAAAUAACUACAAAAAUAACAAAAUAACCACAAGAACAACUAAAAUGGUCAUGAAUAGACUGAAAAUGGACACAAAAUAAUCACAAAAAUGCACAAAAUUACCACAGAAAGACCUAAAAUGUCCACAAAACGGACUGAAAAUGACCAAAAAAGAAACAAGAUGACCAGGUCAUGUGAUCUGGAAUUAACACACUUUCUUAAGAGGUGUUUUUGUAAUGGGGAACUUAGUUGAAAGUGAUUUCUGGGACACAGAUACAAUUUGUUAUUUUCCUAUAUAAAAUUUGAUAUAUUUUCAAAAAAGAAAUAUCUGUCACGAUUAUCUCAACUUAAUAAAAGGAACACAAUCAAAACUAUUUUUGAUUAAGGUCAUUUUAUUAUUGUAGCUAAUUAUAGCUAAUUAGAAGGUGGUUGUUAUUAAAUUGGGACAGUUAUUUAGUUGACAUUUUAGUGAUACCCAAUCAUUUUUUAUUAAGUGAUAGUUUCCAUAAUUAUGGAAUUUGUAAAGACAUGAUCAUAAUGAACACACACACACACACACACACACACAUAUAUACACAUAUCUAUAUUGUACCUCAAUUAUAUAUUGACUCAUUUACUAUGUGCACACUGAGGAAGUUAAUGUAGAUUGAACAUUAUCGCCACCAUGCGGUUUGUUUUUAGAACUGCACCAGUUUUUGCUGCUGAAUUCUAGAUAAUUUCAAUAAAUUGCACAUUGUCUUUCUUUGCAUUGGCUGAAACUAAUCUAUAUAAUAUUGUCCCAGGACUGCUUGGUCCUCAUUUAGCUGAGCCAAAGGUACUGAAUGGGUUAAUUAGGCCUCGCGCUCCUGCGUAAAACACGCACACACACAUUUAGGAGCCUCAGCAGAAAGCCGGUGUGGGUCAGGACUGUCGCUGCUUCACCGCUGGAAGAUGCAUCUCAUCCUCCUGCAACUGCACACCAUUCAUGCUUUUCUUAGUUCUUUUCAGUAACUGUGGUUAAACCGUCGGGGCUCCAGAAAACAGAGACCACCCUCUGUUCUUUCAAAGUUAACUGAGGUUUCCAGCCAAGAAAAGCAGCUUUUUCUCACCCAGUGGAUCCAUUACGACGGGAUGAGCCUGCAGAAUAAGGUAGGGCUGGAUCCGUGUGUCCGUUUAUUUCUAGUACUUUACCAACUGAAGGUUUAGUCAUAAAGACAUGGAAGAAACGCUUCAAUGGAAGUACCACUGUGCAAAAAUACUCUUUUACAAGUAAAAUUAAUGCAUUUGAAUGUAAAAAGUGCAAAUCUAUAAGCAUCAAAGUAUACCUAAAGUACAAAAAAUAUAAGUACUGAUUAUGCAGAUUAACAAAUGUAAGACUAAUUCUGUAUUAUUGCAUUAAUGUGUUCAUCAUUUCAGUGUUGCAGCUGGUGAAUUUGAUUUAUAGUCUACAGUUUAUCUGCUGGGUUGCUUGGAAAUUUCCCUUCAGGGUGGUCUUACUGUAAUCUAUAUUAAUGCAUCAUAAUUUAUUAGUUGAUUGCAUUUUCUAUUAUUAAACUUCACCUACAAACUAACUAUAGGAACUUCAGUUAUUAAAUGAAUGCAGUGGAGUAAAACAUGCACUUUUUUUACACUGUAGCCCAGGAGAAGUGUAAAGUAGCAGAAAAUGUACAGAAAAUCAAAAAAAGAAACUUAAAAUUGUUAUUAAGUAUAGUUCUUGAGUAAAUCUACUUAGGUGCUCUCUACCACUGUGUUCCAUGAUGAUAAUUGUAUGAGGAAAGCUUCAUUUAGCUGCAUGUUGUUGAUGUAGUCCUAAUUUAAUGCUAAUACUUUUAUUUUGAAAAUGUCAUGUGCUAUUGACUAUUGAACUAGAUGUACCAGAAAAGGCGCAGAACCAAUGCAAAAACCUUAUUUUAAUGAAGACACAAGUGCUCUUUAAACUUAUCAGCAUUUGUGGGAUGCUACAGCUAAUCCAUGCAGCUCACACACCAUCUAUAUUCACACAAGAACAAAUCUGUGCUAACUAUUUUUCUAAAUCCAAACAGGACAUCAUGUCAGCCUCCUCUGACACCCUCCAGUUCAGUUUGUCUGCCCACGGGGACUCCAUGCUCAGCAAAAUGAAUAUUCUGAGAGAAGAGUGUUGCUUCUGUGACAUUACACUUGUUCUUGGAGAUGCACAGGGCCCUGCCGUCGAGCCUUUCCAUUUCCACGGUCACAGAGCGGUGCUUGCAGCAUCCUCAGACUUCCUGCGUGACCAGUUCCUGCUGCAUGAAGGCCGAGCAGAGCUGAGAGUGUCUGUAGUUUCCAGCGUGAAGGUUGCCGAGACUCUGCUCCUAUCCUGCUACACCGGGCAGCUUGAGGUCCCUCUGAGAGAGCUGGUGAGCUACCUAACUGCAGCCAGUGCACUGCAGAUGGGCCAGGUGGUGGAGAAGUGUGUCCAGGCCGUCUCCCAGUUCCUCAGUCCCACCCUGGCUUUCUUGAAACUAGAGAGACACUCUGAGAAGGAAAAGCAGCUAGAAAGCAGCUGGCUGGGCACCAGCUUCCAAAAUCAUGAGGAAGAGGAUGCAGCCCAGCCCAUUACCAGCAUCCAGGAAGCAAAUAUCAAGGAAGGGGGUGCGGCCGUGAUUCAGUCCAAGUUGUGGGCCAGCCAAGAAACCAAGGUGGAUAGUCGAGGACUGAGGGAGACUGUGGAAGCUGAAAGAGAGGAAUGUGAAGAUGCAGCAUGUUGUCUCGACACCCUGGAGUUGGAAGAAGGUGGAGACAUUCAGCUUUUUCACGCAAACAACCAGCUAUGUCACGUUCACCACAUUGAAGGCCCUUUCAACUGUAAGCUGCACCCUCCUGCAAGUUUCCAAGACCAAAUUUCCUCCUCAGCCUCCACAAUCAGAAGAAGCUCAGCAGCCCAUGAGGAACUGGUAGAAAACGCCCAGAACCAACGCGAACAAGAACUAGAGCAGCCACUAGAGGAGGAAAACGUGCACACAGCGGCCGCUCAACUACAACAACAACAUGGAAAAGUGGCAGAGGAUUCAGGAAACACGUUGGUCCAGAGGCCUUAUCUGUGCAGGAGGUGUGAUAAAGUCUUCCAGCACCUGGAGAGCUACGUGGGCCACCUGAAGGAGCACCGGCAGUACUUCUGUCUGGUCUGUGAGAAAGGUUUUUCUCAGAAGAGUAACCUGACUCGACACGUGCGCGUCCACGCUGGUGACAAGCCUUUCAGAUGUCCUCUGUGCCACAAGACGUUUACCCAGAAGGCCAUGCUGCAAGACCACCUCGACCUGCACACAGGGGACAGGCCCCAUAGGUGCAACUACACUGCUGUGCACUUUGCCCACAAGGCAGGCCUCAGGUGCCACCUGAGGGCGAAUCAUGGUAAGAGCAGCUGGCAGAAUGUGCUCGAGUAGGCUGUGGACUGCAAGUGAGGGAGUAGGUUUAGCAUUAAUCUAAUGAUGGUGUUCGUAGUUGUCUCUAUGACAUUACUGGGGGCAAAUAAGAUGUCAGAAAGCACAAUAAGCUGUUCACACAUCGGCUAGAGGGAAAUAAAGACAGAAAUAUAUUAUUUAAUGUAACAUAGCUGUUGUUUUUUAAAGACUGGAGCUGAUGCUGCAACAACAGCUUCUUCCAUUGUCCAGAUUGUCUUCUAAUAUGUGAUCUAUGUAGAUGCACAAUGUACUAAUUUAUAAUAGUGAACACAGUCUCACGAAAGGUUGAAAUGGACAGUGUUUCUACAGAUCUGACAGUUUCUACACUUUUGAUGUGUAAAGAAAGCAAAAUGCACAUUUAAACCAUCUGAUCUAUCAAGAAAUAGGCAUGUAUGUGACUAAGCAGCAGAAGUGGAAACGAAAACUCUGUUUUGACAUUGCUGCAAUGACUAAAAGAAGAAAUAAAAAUCCCCUACUGUUCUAAAAGAGCAUUUCUUGUGAAAGAUAUUGUGAUUUACUGCACAACACAUACAGACAGACGAGCAUUGCUUCACCAUUUGACCCCGCUGGAAUCGUGUGCAGCUCGCUGAGCACGGUGCUCUGAGUGAGUGGGUUUUCCCGCAUGUCUGAGAGGGUUUCCAUGCUCUCUCACUCCGGUCCUUCCUUUCACAUGUGUCCUUUUAUCCCUCAGUUAUCCUUUCGGCCCAGAAAUGUCAUCGCCGCUCUUCUUACUGAAUGGAAGACUAGCCAGUGGGCAUCUGAGACACCACUGGCUCUGUGUGAAGACAA